UUGUAUUGAUUACUAGUAAGAAAUAUCAAUGACAUCCAUCAUGACUCCAUGUUUUAAUACAGCAAAAUGUGAAAAAUACUAGGGCAGAUGUAUUAACCUUCAGAAGGCAUAAGGAAGUGAUAAACCAGUGAUAAGUGGAAGGUGAUAAACUCAGCAGCCAAUCAGGUCAUAACUGUCAGUUUGCAUAUUGGAGCUGAUUGGAUGGAGCCCAGUGUACCUCGCAGAAAGAGAUUUAACAACGAUACUUGCAACAUGGAUGCUCACAUUGCCGGAAGACACAUCAUGUCAUACAACAGCAGAUCUCUAGUUUGUGAACUCAAACUGCAAGGAUGGAACUGAGCUAAGUGAUGUGAAACAGAACCUAGAAAGAAGCCAACCCCACUUAUACAGAGAACUCAAAAAGUAAGUUGGGAAGCCACCCUUGGCUGUUUGCCGCCUUCGUGCUCCACCUGUACAUUAUCGGAUUGCUUUGGAAAUGUACACUGCCUGUCUGCUUAGUAACUUCUUAAACAGAUGAAUUCUUUGGAAGCCUAACACUGGAGCCACAUCCUGUCUUCCGCCAAAGCCUGUACCAUUCACCUGCUGUACUUUCCUCUUGCUGCCUGCGGAAUCUGCAGUUGUCUGUGUGGCGUCUAAUCUACGACAGCGUGCUGCACAGUUUGCCGCCGUAAGAACCAGCGUGGCCUCAUAGAAUCAUGAGGAAACCUGGUCAUCUGAGGGCAACUGACUGGAAGGAUGGGAGGAGACAUGGCCGACCAGCUGACACACACACUCAUCAAGGACACUUCAGUUGGGAAAAAUAUCUAAAGGAGACUGGAUCUCAGCCGGCCCCGCCUCACUGUUUCAGACAGUCCUGUUCUCCUCCAUCCAAUGAUUACAAGAUCGGUAUGAAGCUGGAGGCGCAGGACCCAAGGAACACGACCUCCACGUGCAUCGCCUCUGUGGUGGGACUUACAGGGGCACGGCUCAGACUACGCCUUGAUGGAAGUGAUAACAAAAAUGACUUCUGGAGACUGGUGGAUUCGUCAGAGAUUCAGCCCAUUGGCACAUGUGAAAAGAGUGGGGGCAUGUUACAGCCACCAUUAGGUUUUAGACUUAAUGCCUCCUCUUGGCCCAUGUUCCUUCUGAAGACCCUCAAUGGAGCCGAGAUGGCACCUGCCAAAAUAUUCCACAAGGAGCCACCUUCUCCAGCCCAGAACCAUUUUGAAAUAGGGAUGAAGCUAGAGGCAGUGGACAGGAAAAAUCCACAUUUUAUCUGCCCUGCUACUAUCGGGGAGGUGAGGGGCGGCGAGAUCCUUGUGACAUUCGAUGGCUGGAGAGGAGCAUUUGAUUACUGGUGUCGAUAUGACUCUAGGGACAUCUUUCCAGUAGGUUGGUGCUCUCUGACAGGCGACAACCUGCAGCCUCCAGGGACUAAAGUGGCUAUUCCAAAAAGCCCAGCUCCAGCUGCAGGUAUUGCCCCUGGUAUCCUGCGAGGACCCAAAAAUUUGCUAGCUGGGGUGCCUGGGCGUAGACGUCGAAAACCAGGAAGGAAGAAGGGGCAGCUGACUAAAGCUCUUGUCCAUCAACUGACAAGCCAGCCGCCCAAACUUUGUGAACCUUUCCGCUUUCCGAAGAAGAGAGGCCCCAAGCCAGGAAGCAAGAGGAAGCCACGACUUUUGCUGAAUCAGGUUCCUACUUCUCCCACAAACAGUACGCCGGAGCCAGACACCAGCACUGUACCGCAGGACGCUGCCACCAUUCCAUGUGCUGCUAUGCAGGCUCCCACAGUUUGCAUUUACCUGAACAAGAAUGGAGAUUCUGGCCCUCACCUCGACCGAAAGAAGGUUCAGCAUCUUCCAGACCAUUUUGGACCAGCUCAGGCAUCUGUAGUCCUCCAGCAAGCAGUUCAAGCCUGCAUAGACUGUGCUUACCACCAGAAAACAGUCUUUGGCUUCCUAAAGCAGGGCCAUGGUGGGGAAGUUAUAUCGGCGGUAUUUGAGAGGGAACAGCAUACACUGAACCUUCCGGCAGUGAACAGUAUUGGUUAUGUCCUUCGCUUUUUGGAGAAGCUUUGUCGGAAUCUGCGUAGCGAUCACUUAUUUGGAAACCAGCCCUUCACACAGAAUCCUGUGCAGCAGAUAGGGUCCUAUGAAAAUGACCGGUAUUUGACGGACAGGUGUAACUCUGAGGGCAACCUCCAUGGUCUAGGAAGAGGAUCCAAGAGAUACACAAGCGAAAUACCUCCAUACAAUGCUCCCCUAUGUCCCAAAGUACCAAAGAAUGAUUUCCAUGCAUCAGAAGGAGAAACGUUCCUACUAGAUGCUGGCCUUCCGGCAUCAAUGGAGCAGCGUCUGGGCACUGCAGAUUCCCCUAGUAGCCCCAACACAUGUAGAGUCCCCAGGGAAUAUCGGUCUCCUACGUAUCGAAGUCUCCAUCAGCUGACUAGCCUCUCCCAGGGAACAGUGCGGCGGCUUAGCUCUGGUGAGUCAGAGAGGUACGUGAGUGGUCGACAAGGGUCUCGGGACCCAUCCCUAUGGAACAUGGAGGAUGUUAUGCAGUUUGUCAGAGAAGCUGAUCCUCAGCUGGGAUCACAUGCUGAGCUUUUCCGCAAACAUGAAAUUGAUGGGAAAGCGUUGCUCCUGCUGAGAAGUGAUGUCAUGAUGAAAUAUAUGGGUCUAAAGUUGGGUCCUGCUCUGAAGUUGUCUCACCACAUAGAUAAAUUGAAGCAAGGGAAGUUCUGACCAUGACAUCUUGCCUGGCAACACUUUUUAGAUGGUCGUGCCUAGGACUCUGCUGCCUCAGCAACCUUUUGAAAAGUCACCCUGAGAGGAAUGACUCAAAGCCCUAUAAACCCCAUUUUCUGGGGGUUUCAAAUCACCGUUCCUAAUCUAUGAGAUGUUCCUCCAAUCCUGUGAACUUGUCGUUGAUAUUUCACAUUAUUGGAAGAGAGGAAAUGAAGGCAUUACGUUUUUGGAGGGGUUGUAGGUUAUCCUACACCCUUAUGUGCUCUGAUUUAAUUCAGACAAUACUUUUCUUAUCUUAUAUAGCACUGGCAGUGCACACAGCGCUGUACAUAGUAGAAUAAAGGAGGCACAAUGAAUUAUUGGCCACAAACGCUUGCAAUCUGAUGCUUUGUUGGAGUUAACAGGAAUUUACUUUACAUAAUCUUGUACAUGGGAAAUAUAGAAGACCUACAGUUUAUAAUGUAAUUGUAUUAAGAAUAAAUCCAGCUCCAUUGCCCCUG